AUGCCCCCGUCCAAGCCCAGCCAACGCCAUGUCCCCAAAGAUUCCCUGUUCAUCCCCAUGUCCCAGCCCAAUCAACGCCAUGUUCCUGCUAAAGGCUCCUUAUCUGUGCUCGUUACUCUGCAGCUAAUUGUAGCCGUGUCUCUGUUCGUAGAGAACUCCCUCAAUCUCACUAAAAACACUGAACAUUUUGAAAGCGAGGAGUCAAAAGAUGUAGUGUUUGCGGCAUGGCUGAUGUUUCUUUUAUGGUUGAUCACGAUACUCGUCGCUUUCGCCGCUAUUUUUACCAACUCCUACAACUUUUUGCUUCCACACUUGAUCUUUACGAGUUUGCUAUUCGUCUUAUGUGUGCUUUGCUCGAUAAUAUUGCUGCUGUCUGACACCCGCCCUUGGACGAUGAUUUUCUCAACUGGAAUCUCCGUUCUCCUUGGCGUCACCAUUGUGUCCGAGACCAAAUGCUACUUUGCUAUGCGCAAGUACUUGCGCUAAGCUUCUCCUCCUUACCCCUGAGUUUUGACGACUUUUAUGUUUGCAUAAUUCUCUGAAUGUGAUCACUCUCACUUUCAUGCAAUUCACUUCUCAAGUGCUUUAAUAUUGUUUUGUAUGUAUUUUUGAUAAACGCUGCUG